AUGGCAGACGACCGAAAGCCAACACCGAAGCAGAUUGCAACCGAUCUUCCGGGUCCCACCUGCUACUGGACUGGUCACAAUGACAGCAAUGGAAAAGCUAUCAUACAUUCGAGUCAUCCAGUCGACUGGGCGACCUACGACGAAGACAAGCUCGAAAUGUCUGUAGCCUACACCACGCAAUUUCCCGCCGAUCUGAACAAGAACGCCGAUAUUGCUGCGCAUGAGGAAAAGAUGUCGACAGGGAAGCUCGGACUCGUGUCGGGUGGGGGUACUGUGUUGAGAUACGUCGAUUUUGCGCCUGACUACACUUGUAUGAUGCACCGGACACAAUCAGUGGACUAUGGCAUAGUCGUUGAGGGGCAGAUCGAGAGCAUUCUCGACUCCGGUGAAGUUCAGUUAAUGCAAAGGGGCGAUGUCAUGGUACAGAGAGCAACGAUGCAUGCAUGGAGAAACCCAAGCAAGACAGCCUGGGCGAGAAUGAUCUUUGUCCUUCAGGACUGCCAGCCGCUUUAUGUUGCAGGACAGCGAUUUGGUGAAGACCUCGGACGAGGAACAGAAGGUUUACCCCCCUCCGGCAACGAUGCGUAA